ACGGUGAGUGACGUAACGAUUUCUCCCUUGUCGGUUCACAUUUUUCUUUUGUCUACAAUAGAUGGUCACCACGCCGAUCAUGUCGACUCUUGCAUCCGGGGAACAUCGAUCUGCAACGUCCCAUGCGCUAGACGUUUAUGUUAAGUUGGCUUCAAUCCCCGUCGUCACGGCUGCAUCAGUUUGCGUGACUGAUUCUUCUCUUAAAAUCGAGGUGGACUAUUCAAUUAGGGACCAUGUUAGACUGCUAAAGCGGCGCUGUUCUCAAGCAUUUCACAUCGCAAAAACUUCCUCAUCGGAUUCGUCGCGUUUGGGGUCAUUCCCUGGCCCCUCAGUACUUCGCGGGCCGCUAUCAGAAGUCCCAUCGGAGGUCGUCUGGAAAGGCUAUUCCCCCAGUGGUCGAAAGCAAAUCGUUUUCAGGAAAUGUGGUUCAGCCAAUUUCAUCGAGCUAUGGGACACUACCAUCAAUGAGCUCAAAUUCUGCAAAGAAGUAACUGAGGCACAUGGAAAGUUUAUAACAAACGACACAUUUGGUUUUCCAACUUGGGAUUCUCAAGAAGCUUGCAUCGCAUAUGUCGCCGAAACCAAAACUCCCACUAAAUCCGCUAAUUCUUCUGUUGCACAUAAACAUCGAUACGUACCUGACUUUGGGGAGCAGCUUGACGGUAUUCGCCUUCCGGCACUCUUUCUACUACCAUGCGAAGGCAGCGUUUCAUCAGAUACUCGACAAUCUGAUAGAGCGCUCAUUCAGGUCACAAAUCCCUCAUCUGCGUCCGAUGUGGUAUAUGGCCAACCAGUAUUUGGACCAGGAUCUUCUUCGAAUCUUGAUUACUUUCAAAUAUUUUGCACCGGCUUUGCAUCGCUCCCUGACGGCCGACGAAUGGGCUUGAUCUAUUGUCAAAACCGCUUGACUGCAAUCUACGAACUCAAGAUACAACUCAAAGAAGCGGAAAAGCCAUCUGAAUCCUCAACAACCUCCGUUCCGGCCAGUGUAGCCUCUCGCAGGCUUUCCUCUUUGGAUGUUUCAGCUCGCUCGCCUAGAGUUUCAGGCAAUCACGUUUAUUACAUAAGUAAUCCAGUCGGUGGCGCUCACGGUUCAUGUGCGGCACUUCAUUAUGUAUCUAUCCCGACAAUGGAAGACAAAGUAUUGGUCCCCGCUGUAGAAGAUGCCGGUACUGAAAAUCUGGACUCUCUCGAGAACAGUUUCCCAGGUUUAUAUAUAGAUCAGCUACCUUUACAACCUUUUCUGUCACAUCCAACCACUGGGAAACAAUUUUUAGUGACUAACUCUAUAUGGGGAUCCGUAAGAGUUUUAUUGAUGAUUGAUCUUAGUUCAGGAGAAGUACAAAGAUACAAAGGUCCCAGCCCAGGAAGUUGCACGGUCUGGAACACGGACAGGGCAAAUUGCCUUAUCGCUUCCUUUAGUCAAACUACCCAGCCUCCGGUAAUAUGGCUGGGCAUGCUCGCACAGGAUGGAACUAUGACUUGGGAUACGGUUGAAAAAUUACAAGCAAAUACGACGAUCGAGCAACAGCUUCUCCAGACAUCUAGCCAGGUAUUUGCGCUCCCGCCAAACAUACAUGGCCCUACAGAAAUCGUGUAUACCAUGGCGAAGUCCCCCAGUACACUACAGCCUGCAGGAACUCUUGAAGGCCGUUUGCCGGUAGUGAUUAUUCAACCCCACGGCGGACCUCACUCCACCUCUGUCAACGAGUUCUCUCCCACAACGGCUGCAUUCGCUUUGUUAGGAUAUUCGACGGCCUACAUCAAUUAUCCAGGAUCGCUAGGAUUUGGACAAAAGUGGGUAAAUCAUCUUAUCAACCAUCUUGGUGUGGCAGACGUCGAGAGCAGCAAAUUGGCUUUAGACUAUCUACGAGCGCAGAAGAUGGUAGAUCCGAAUCAGGCAAUCAUUAGUGGUGGUUCUCAUGGUGGUUUUAUCACUGCUCAUCUUACCUCGCGUUAUCCAGACCUAUUUACGGCUGCCUGUAUGAGAAAUCCAGUGGUUGACCUAGUGGGAACGGCAGCUGGCGGAAGCGACAUUCCUGAUUGGUCUUUUGCGGAGGCUAAUUUGCCUUUCCCAAUGAUGGGAGAAUCUUUUGCGCCAGUCAUGAUCAACGACGAAGCUUUCAAAGUGCUCAAAUCCGCUUCUCCGAUCUCGCAACUACAUCAAGUCAAAACUCCUACACUAUUACUACUUGGUGAUGUUGAUCGUAGAGUUAGUCAUCAGCAAGGAAUAGCUUGGUAUCAUGGUUUACAGGCGCAAGGCACACCAUCCAAAAUUUACAUGUUUCCAGAGAACUCGCAUCCCUUAAGCGGAGCGGAGGCUGAAUUAGCAAGUUUCGAGGCAAGUUUUGAGCAUUUUUCAAGCUAGUGAGGCGCUAGUUCUAGGUCAAUUGUAAAAGAACACUAGAUAUUGUAUAAGGUGUAAUUCUAUAAGCAAACAGUAUUCGUAGAUCAUGUUUGCCAGAAACGCAAUGAAUCUUUGAACGUUCUAUGAUGAUCCUUCAUCAAGUAGUGCAAGCAUCUAUGGGCUUAAAAAGAGAUGGAGCCCCAAGAGCUAAGCUUUUACCCUCUUCAUUACUAUAUACUACAGCAUUGAUAGCUGCCUAGCGUGUGGUAAAGCUGUUUCAUCAAUUCACAAAGCUCCACGUGUACCUUUUACGCUGAUAACAAAUGCUUUUCCCUCGCCCGUGGGAUUGGCCAUGAAUCCAUGUUCACUAGCAGCGAUAAAAGUGCCCUCCAGUUGCUGAGAGGAAUGAUUUAAACCGCUCUCUGGGGAGCAGCCAAAUUGAAAUUGACCAUCGAGUGUUUUAGUCUUGUGUUGAAUAUCUUCGGAGAAGACCGCAAAUUGAACCCAUGAACCAUUUGAGACGUGGUCUGUUCGGUCUAUUCCGAGGGCUCCACGAGAUGGUGCACCGCCAACAAUCCUACAGAUUUCCAACAAGUGCUCUGAUUGAGAA